AUGAAGGACGCGGAGAUGAGGAGGCUGUGGGCUGCCAACCUGCUCCGCGCCUCCUCCGUCGUCCUGACGGCCGUGCUCCCGCCUUUCCUCUGGGAGGGAUUCACCGUUCUGGGAACGCACCUCGCGUGGCUCUCUAUAUGUGCGGUUUGUGUUAGUGCCCUUAACGUACUCUUGCACUUAGUCCUUAAACCAAAUCUGUCUCCUAAGAGGAGUUCAUUGACUCAGAAGAUAUCCAGAUUUCUAAAAUGCUGUAUAUACUUUUUCAUGUCUUGCAUACUAUUUCAUGCGAUUGUUGUUCUUUAUGGAGCACCUCUCAUAGAGUCAGUGGCUGAGACAUUUUUGUUUGCAGUUCUCCUGUCUACCUUCACUACUUUACAGUGCUUGUGUAUGCUGGGACCAAACAUACAAGCAUGGCUACGGGUGUUUAGUAAAAAUGGAGCCAUGUCUAUCUGGGAAAGCAGUCUACAGAUUACUACCAUCUGCAGCAUACUUGGAGCUUGGUUUGGAGCAUUUCCUAUUCCUCUGGAUUGGGAUCGGCCUUGGCAGGUAUGGCCCAUCUCCUGUUCCCUCGGAGCUACCUUUGGCUAUAUGGCUGGUCUCAUUAUUGCACCUCUGUGGAUACACUGGAACCGGAAGCAGCUUACAUACAAAAGCAGAUAACUGGAGCAAAGAGAGACAAGGUAUUUCUUUGUGCAGAUUCCAUACAGACUGUGCAAAAGUUGGUUGGGUUUUUUUUUAAUAUAUGUAUAUAUAUAUAUAUAUGUAUAGUCAAAGCAGAAGACUACCCAAAUUCAUUUAGAGUAUUUCAGGCCAAGCAUCUCCACUCAAUAAAAUCCUAUAGAUGCUGUUUCAGCGUGGUGCAGUUUUUGCUUCCUCUAGACUAUGUAACCCUGAGAGAUUGUACCUUCCAGUCUGAAUAAAAUAUUUG